AUGGUUUGGCAAUUUCAGGCCCGUUAUCGCAGCUACCUUGAGCCAUGGCAGCCACUCGUGUAUGGCGUUUGGGCCGCCUACACCAGCGCAAAGCAGGCCUUCACUAAUGGUGAAUACAGCGCGCUUGGCAUUGCAAAGCUGCGCGAUUCUGGCUUUUAUCUCUGGUUCAAGACACUAAAUGAGAAUUUCGUCGGUUUCGAGUCGAACCAGACUGCCGUCCCGGAUCUAGUGCUUGCGGCGAGCGGCCUUGUUCUUGAGCUGGGUCCUGGACUUGGAAACCAGCUCUGCCGCUUCGACAAAACCAAGGUGACUCGUAUCAUUGGCGUAGAGAACAACCCUCACUUUGCACCGGACAUUCAGCAGCGAAUCCGCGAGCAUGGGCUCGAGGGCAUUUAUGAGCUCCUCACCUGCGGCAUUGAAGACGGCGCCACCUUGGAGAAGCACGGCAUCGAUACCGGCACUGUCGACACCGUCCUCAGCAUCCAAGUGCUGUGCUCAGUUGCCGACCCCGAUGCCGUGGCCAAGGAGCUGUAUAGAGUGCUGAAGCCGGGCGGCAAAUUCAUUUUCUGGGAGCACAAUCGGAGUGCCGACUGGCUCACGGCAGCAGUGCAGUAUUUUUGGAAUCCUGCUUGGAGGCUUCUAGUUGGCGGCUGCAGUAUGACGCGCAAUAAUACGGCGACUAUUCUGGCCGCGGGCGAGUGGGAAAAUGCUACCGUCAUCAAACGCGAUGAGAAGCCGUGGGCAAGAGGGGCACCCGGCAAUCAACCACAAAGAGUAUUGUCCUGGCGUCCUGGACACUAUAUCCUCCUAUAUCUAUAUAAUCCGACAACCUUAUGCGAUUUCUGCUGGGGGGGUUGCGCGAUACCCAACCCGGCUCCGCUUCCAAUUCUUGCUUCCGCGGACAACCGCUGGCGCUGGGAUGCCUGGGACGCCUUCUCGCGCUUUCACAUCUUUCGCGAUAGAUAUGAGCGGAUGAUCUCCACCCCCAAGCCUCAGAGGGACUGCCGGUCGGCAACGGAUUGGCCCGAGAUUGCGGAUCAGCUCUUCCUUCUAAACGUCAUCCAUGAUCGCCCGGAAGGCAAGCCGGUGAACGAGGUGGAGGUCAGGGCUGCGGAAGAGCGUCUUCAACAGAUAACACCGUCUUCUCCUGUCUGGCAUGAUAACCAUCCACGAUACCCGUGCAAGGCUGCAAGAGUCAUAUGCGUUAUCGAAUGGAAGGAUUCCACGCCGUCACCAUGCACACUGGUUGGGCUGCACCAUGACAGGCAAUACGCAGUACCUUGGCGAAAGUUCCCGAGCCUAGAACAAUUGCUCGGCUUAAGGGAUAGGAAUAAGUGGGGUGCACUGUCAUGUGAUAGAGGUCACCAGGGGCAACGCAACGGGCGGGGAAGGAGCUCGACACAGUCAGCCUCUGCCUUUCAGGCUGCGCUUGUGAGUCGGCCCGGCCUUUCCACAGGACCGUCGAGCGGGACAUCGCCGUCCCAGAACAGCUCCCCUUCGAAGCGCGGCUCCGCUUCGAAGCGCUUCCGGAAGCUCGAUAGCCUGGCCACCCUCGCGUUGCCAGUCUACUUCACCGUGGCGGCGAGCCUACGCGCCGCCCUGCCGAUCGACACGAAACCCCUAUUCGAGGCGCUGUUGGAGGUCCGGAAAAGUGAUAAGCUGCUGCCGGCCGCGGUCCGUUCGCACGCGGACUUUCAAGACAACGAGGACAUCCUUGAUUCCAUGUGGUCCGGAGAUGGUGAAGGUCAGGGCAGCAUAGAGGCUAAUAAGACGGCGCGGGAGAACCAUGAGGAGCUACGCCGCAUCCUGGCUGAAACACAUGAAGCGAUUAAUGAGAGUCGGUUCGAGUUGGGAUGGAAUAAUCUCGUCCACACGCCCAUGUUAAAGCUCGCAACGAGAGACAUGCCCUUCCUCAUGAUUGAACCCGUCAUGUCGGCACAGAUCAUGCCAGCAUUCCGCCCGGUACUAGCCUCAGGUCAACGGAUGGUGCUGCCGUCCUCGUCAUCCGCCACCAGUGCUACUGGCAGCAGCCACGCGUCGGGUCACGGGAGCGAAGCGGGUGCACCUGCGCCUGGGCCCGUAGCCGCCAUCGGGUUAUCGGUCCAUAAGAUGGUCGACUACGUGGUGGCCCUACGGCCCUCAGACGAGCUGCAGGUGCUCAUAGACGCAUUCCUUUUAGGGGAGCCCCAGGGGAGGGACUCCAUCAACCAAACACGGUACACGCCGCUGCGGAAGCGGCCGGCGCCCAUCUUUAUCGAGACCAAGACAACGGCCGGCGUGCGGGACGGUGCGAGUGUGCAGCUAGGCGUGUGGCUAGCGGCGUGGUACCAGCGUCUGCGUAGCCUCACGGCGCUAGCGGGCGACCCGGAGAAGGAAUUGUUAACGCUGCCACUAAUCCAGGUAUCGAGCAGUAUCUGGACCGUUAUGUUCGCGGUGGACCAGGGGAAGGAGAUUCGUGUAUGGCACAGGAAUUGGAAGAUUGGUGACACAGAGAGCAUACUGGGGAUUUACCAGCUGCAGGCGUCGCUGGUGGUGCUGGGGAAAUGGAUGAAGGACAUUUUUGAGCCUUGGUUGAUGGGUAUACUUAAAAAGGUAAUGGAGAGACGACAUGGCGGUUAA